CCCUAUUUUUGUACUUUAUGUCUCCUACAACUUCUACACAACAAAAGCCUGGUCAACGUAAAAAAAAAGCAGCUAGAGCAUGUAUACAUUGUCAAAAGGCACACUUAACUUGUGAUGAUUCCAGACCUUGUCAGCGAUGUAUUAAGCGAGACCUGGCAAACACUUGUACAGACGGCGCAAGAAAGAAAGCUAAGUACCUCCAAGAUACAGAUAUUGAUAAUAUAAGCUCAACUUCAAAUGAUAAUAGAUACACACAACAAAGAAGCUCACUCAUUAACGGUGCAUUUAACAAUUUAUCACAACAACAACCCUUUUUGAAUGGAGCUAAUUUGUUUAAUACAAGCCAAUUGCUUGGAUUAGACACCAACAACAACCUGAAUUAUGGCUUUGGAUCAAAUGCAACCAACUUAGAAUACUCAAUCCUUUCCAACAUGCUUGGAUCACCUCAAUUCUUAGACAACAACACAAAAAGUCCUUCUUCAGCUAGCUUAACAAAUAGCGUGUGGGCAAGCAGCCCUCCUGCUUCAUCCUCAAACAAUGGCAGCGGUAAUAGUUCAAACCCUCUUUUACAAAAUAACGCAAACACAACUCCGCCAGCAUCGUCGUACACAUCUUCCACUGUGUCCUACUUAACAGGUGAUCCUACUCUUUAUUCUCCUCAACAACAACAAAUGGAUCCUACAACAAUCACUGUUACCAAGGUCGAGAAUAGUCCCAAGUCUCACAGUGUGCUGACAACCCCACCUGUCUCGUACAAGAAACAAUUUCUACAAAAAAAUACAAGUAACUACAGCCAAUGUUAUUCCAAUUCCAUAAAACCAUUCAGUUAUGCUGAUGGCUACCAUUAUCUUAUCAACUAUGUACGACAAAAAAUGGGAAGAGAUGAAUUAAUGAGAAUAAGUAAGGCGCUUGCGCUUUUUAGACCUUCAGUGUUAGCAUCGAUGAUGAACUUAACCGAGGAUGAUUUAAUAUUUACAGAAAAAUGUUUACAGAGAACCUUAUUAGAAUACGAAAAACUGAUUAGUUAUUCUGGUACACCAACUGUAGUCUGGAGAAGAACAGGUGAAAUUGCAUUAGUAGGCAAAGAGUUUUCAUUGCUAACACAAUGGUCUCGUGAUGCAAUACUAAGCAAGAAGACAUACAUAUACGAAUUAAUGAGUAAUCCUUCUGCUGUCGAGUAUUGGGAAAAAUAUGCUCUGCAUGCAUUUGACAAUACAGACUCUGCUGUCUACAGCUCAUGCAUCCUAAUGAGCCCCACAAAAAGAGUAGUUCCCUGUACUUUUUGUUUUACCAUUAAGCGUGACAUUUUCGAUUUACCAAGCGUAAUAGUAGGCAAUUUUCUGCCGAUCCUUAGCUAAACUAAAUAUUAUUGAUAAUUAAACUAUAGAAUCCUUUGUGAACCAUAAACGUAGCCUGUGCUCUCUUUCUUUCUUUCGUUGUUUUCUACUAUAUAAUAAUAAAGUGUAAUACCUCAUGAG